UAACUGGAAAUACACUAUUAAAUCAUAUGAAUAGAUAUCGUUCAGCAUAAAUGUUGCUGUGUCUAAAAUGCCAUCAAAUGGGAGCCUUAUGAAUCAUUAACCAUUAUGAAGCCACCAAGCAUUGAACACAUUGACUUCCUGCGUUCCGCUGUUGUAGAUACAUAUACACAUGAGUUGGUUGGAAAUGCUCUAUUGGUAGGGAAAAGGUUAGAUGGAAGGACUUCAAUUCAACCCCGGAAGAUUCAUGUAGAGCAGCUAGCAAAUCCCGGAAAUGUUAUUGUAUCUCUAGGUGAUACUAUUGUUUUCGUGGCGGUCUCUUCUGAAAUAGUUCCUCCUAAUGUGGAACAUCCAACGGAGGGUAUAGUUACGUUUUCUGUUGAACUUUCACCUAUGUGUUCACUGAAUUAUGAACCGGGGAAAGCUUCUGAUGUAGAACAGGAAAUAUCGUAUGCCAUCGAAAAGAUAUACAAGGAUUCUGGUAUAAUAGAUGUGGAAUCUCUUUGUAUAGUUUCGCGUAAACAUGUUUGGUGUCUGAGGGUAAAUAUACAUAUUUUGCAAAACGAUGGAAACCUUUUGGAUGCAACCAAUAUAGCGGUAUUUAAAGCGUUAAUGUCUUAUCGGAAACCGGACACGCAAUUGAACGGUGAUGGAAUGCGUCUUGAUCUUGAUGCCAACUAUUCAUCAACCUUGAACUUGUAUCACAAUCCCGUAUAUGUCACAUCGGGAUCUUCAUAUAAUCGCCAAUGUCUUGUGGAUGCCAAUACGCUCGAGGAAAGAACCGUUACGACCCAAGUAUCUAUGUAUUUCAAUGGAUUUGGAGAUUUAUUUGCCAUAUACAAGAGUGGAGGAACAGGAAUUUCGUUGGAUAGAAUUUCGGAGACAAUAGACGUCGGAAUGUCUGUCAUAGAAAAAUAUAAACGUUGACAACUCUUUUGAAAAUUAAUUAUAGCCUGUUGUAAAUUUGCUGAUUUUCU